UGGGCCCAGUCGCCGGUAUAUAAACCCGGCUGGACAAACGUUUAGCAUCAUCAGUCGCUCAGUCGAUCCAAACCAACCAAAUCUCCUCAACAAUGGCAUUCAAGUUCGUCGCCCUCAUGGCCCUCGUGGCAGCCGCCAACGCUGGACUCUUGCCAGCGGCAUCCCUGUCCUACGCUCAACCGGCCCCAAUUGCCUACGCCGCGGCUCCAGUGGCGAAGGCAGUGGUAGCGAAGACCGUGGACGCCGACUACGACCCGCACCCACAAUACAGCUACGCCUACGAUGUCCAUGACAGCCUGACCGGUGACGCCAAGAGCCAGCAGGAGACCCGCGACGGAGACGUCGUCCAGGGCAGCUACUCCCUCUUGGAGGCUGACGGAACGAAACGCACCGUCGACUACACCGCUGACCCAGUCAACGGAUUCAACGCCGUAGUCCGCAAGGAACCCGCUGCCGUCGCCGUCAAGGCCGUCGCCGCCGCCCCGCUCGUUCACGCCGCACCCAUCGCCCACGCAGCUCCUCUGGCCUACGCCGCCGCUGCCCCAGUCGCCAAGUUGGCCACCCCUCUGGCCCACGCUCCGCUGAUCGCAGCCCCCGCCGCUAAGCUCGCCGUAGCGCCCGCUGCCCACUACGCCGCACCCUACGCCGCACCCUACGCCGUUGCCCCGGCUGCCCACUACGCCGCACCCUACGCCGCCCAGUACGCCGUUGCCCCUGCUGCCCAAUACGCCGUUGCCCCAGCCGCUCAAUACGCCGUCGCCCACGCCGCUCCGGUUGCCUACUCCGCCCACCCAGCCCCCAUCGCCAAGUUCGCAGCAGCGCCCGCCUUCAGCUACGCCGCUCAACCACACUACCUCUAAGCGACUCCGCUUGCGUGCUUAAGAUAAUUAUCGGCGUCGACUCAGGCUAAACCUUAUUUAUUUUUCUAGCAGACUCGUUUGUCUACAAUUAAACACGUUAUCAAUGUA